AUUGGUGAGGUGUAUAAUGAGAGCAGUGAGAGAGUGGAGGAAGUUUGGAAACGAUCUGGACCUCUUAUCUCGGAGGUCAUGGCAGAAACCAAGGCCUUGCUCAAGCAAUCUCGAGAGCGUUUCGUCAUCCCAUUACUCGCUCGAGAUCUGUCCGAUUACGACUCUACCAAGUACAAUAUAUACGUUAUCCCAACCAAUCCCGACGGUCAAUUGCGAUUCCACUGGGGAGAACCCAUCAAUGUUGUAUGGAGGAGCCCAUUGAAGCAUUCUCGAAGAGACUGGGUCGGGAUCUAUCGAUACGGUGCAAACAAGUCCCAAACUAUGACCAAGACAUCCUCUUUGGGACUCUGGGUACCGGUUCAUGACGAGGAAUGGGAUGGAGAUGUGCCUCGCCCUCUGACCGACAGGACAGACGAAGAAGCAGAGUGUGUGGAUCGCCCUGAUGGGCUAGACUUCAGGUCUAUCCGUCAAUGGUUAUUGAAGAUUGUGAUUCUCGCUUUGGACUCAGAUCCUUCUCUCAUCCCGAGAUCACAAACCAUCUCCUCGCCUCCAGCUUCUACUACUCAACGACUUCCCGGGCUUCUCUCAAAAGAGCUGAAUGGAUCAAAUACGUCUAUUCGCACAGCUACCCCUGACACGACCUCCCCCGGUAAUUCCACUCCUUUACAUUAUGACAUCCACGACGAUGACUUUAGGCUGUGGUCGGAACGACAAGCCAAGCGAAUUUCGUACGCCAUCUCGCAGGUGCUGGACAUUGAUUUCGCACCAGAGGUAAUUGUAGCAGACGCGAAUGUCACUGCCCUAACAAGAAGGAUUUUAGCCUCAAAGGAACUUUUGGGCCCUUAA